CUGUAAUUGUUUUCGGAGCAUCUCGGGGUAUAGGAGAAAAUAUGGCCUUUAAUUUAUUUGAAAAAAAAGGCUAUUGUUUAUGUAUUUUAGGAAAAACAUUACAUAGCAGCUAAAAUGGUAGUUUAACUGAUUUAAAAGAGAAAAUUAUUUAAAAAGGAGGUGAUUGUAUUGCUAUAAAAUGUGAUGUUUAAGAUGAAAAAUAGGUCUAAAAUGCACUUGAUACUGCUCGGGAUUAUUUUUCAAAGAAAAACGUGAAAAUAACGUGUAUGAUAUAUAAUACGGGUGCAAUUUUACAUGCUAAAGUUGAAGAAACUAACCUUAAAAAAUACGAUUUAUUACAUAAAGUAAAUGCAAGAGGGUGUUAUUUAGCAAUAUAAGAAACUUUAAAAAUCUUUAGGGAAACGCCUGCAUUAAAAUGUACAAUAAUAGUAUAAUCACCUCCUAUUUAUUAAAGAUUUUUUAGAGGAAAGACUAUAUAUGCUAUGUCGAAAAUCGCUAUGUCAGUACUAGUUAGGGGAUUAUCUUUUGAAUUGGAAAAUUCGAAUAUUUGCAUAGUUUCUAUUUGGCCAGCUACAGGAAUCGAAAGUGCAGCGACGGAAAAAUACGAUAAAAAGCUAUUAAGAAAAGCAGAUAUUAUGAGUGAAUGUGUUUUAAAAAUACUUGAAGAUGAAAAUAAAUAAAAAUUAAAUGGAAAAUUUAUAAUUGAUGAAGAUUAUUUAAGAGAAAAGGGUUAUGAAAAUUUCGAAUAAUUUAGGGCUUAAAAAAAUUUCGAACCACCAAGAAUGAUGCCAAAUACUUUUCCAGAUUUGAAAGUAGAUGAGGAAAAAAUUGAAGUAUUUAAUAUUAAUAAACAGAGUAAAUUAUGA